CACUGCUGAGGUUCAGAUACCAUCGGGGGAUGAAAUGGUAACAGAAACUCAAACAGAAGGCGAGGAUGUCAAAAUGACUUCUUUUCCCGUCAAAAAUGAAGUGGAUUCCAUGAUAACGGACGGAACUGAAGAAAACAAGACAAAUGAAAAGAAAGUCCAAAGGCCACCACAGGAAGAAAAAGAAAAACAAUGGGGUCCAAGGAUCACUAAGAAGUUCCUGAGAGACCACUGCAAGCAGCACAAACUUUAUGUAACACCUUACCUGAAUGACACCUUGUAUCUGCACUUCAAAGGUUUUGCCACCAUUGAGAACCUAGAGGAGUACACAGGACUCAAGUGUCUUUGGCUGGAAAGUAAUGGCUUGCAACAGAUUGAGAACCUGGACGCCCAGACUGAUCUACGCUGCUUGUUUCUUCAGCAGAACCUCAUUCGCAAGCUGGAAAACCUUGAACCAAUGAAAAAACUCUGCACUCUAAAUGUCUCCAACAAUUACAUACACACCAUAGAGAACAUCUCCUGCCUUCCUGAUCUGAGCACUCUUCAGAUUGCUCAUAACAAAUUGGAAACAGUGCAGGACAUAGAACACCUGAGUCAGUGUCUGUCUCUCAGUGUGUUAGAUUUGUCUCACAACCUGUUAAAACACCCUGACAUCCUCUCAGUACUUGAGUCCAUGCCAAAUCUGCGAGUACUCAACCUAAUGGGAAAUGAAGUGGUGAAAAAAAUCCCACACUACAGGAAGACCAUGAUUGUGCAUCUCAAGCAACUAAACUUCCUUGAUGAUCGCCCUGUGUUCCCCAGAGACAGGGCUUGUGCAGAGGCCUGGGCUUCGGGAGGGCUGGAAGCAGAACGUCAAGAGAGGGAGGAAUGGAAGUCAAAGGAAAAGAGGAAACUUCAGGACAGCUUGGAUGGCAUGGCAGCUAUUCGAGAAAAAGCCCUGGAGAGACAGCGCCAACGAGAGCUACAGGAGAAAGGUGAGGCUGAGGUUUCAAUGUGUCCUUUGGAGGAAAAGAACAACCAAGAUUUGAGUUCAGUAAAAAAUGAGAAAAUCCAAGCCUUUGUGCAGAAAAGUCUGGAUGCUCAUGAAGAGUUUUUGCAUAAUCAAGACACUAAAGGGCCUGAUGAAGAGCCAGACGAUGGACAGUCAGCUGGAGAACAGGGAAGUGAGGAGUUACAGCUGGAGGAAGAGAACCAGGAAUGUUUCCAGGUAAAAACUCCUGUGAGGGAGGACAGAGAGACACUGAAUCCAAAACAGUUGGCACAUGAACAAGAAAUCACAACAGGGAGUAUGAUAAAGACAGAGAAAAGAGACAGUAAAGAACAAAACCAGUGCUACCAGUUUAUGGAAAAUGAUGUAGCAUGUGAGAGGAAACCACCUCCACUGACCACAGCAGCUCUCCAUGAAGUAGAGGAAGAUGUAAGAACACAUGGACCCGGGCCACUGGUGACAGAACUGGAUGAUGCAGAACAGCUGGAAACCAUUCACCUUCCACUAAACCGACCUAUGUAUAUUGAUGAUCUGCCUGAUUUGGAAGAUGCAGACGUGGAAGACCAAGACCUGGACUCCGCUGUGAUUUUCACCUCUGAGCGAGCAUUCAAACCAAAAAUAGAGGUCAUAUCAGGAGAAGAUGAUGAACCAACCCUAAACCAGAGUGGUUCAGUUCCUAGUUUUGGCCCCAAAAAACUCUUAAGUGAAGUCUCAGACAAUGCUUCACUGUUAGGGGAAUCAGGAGAUGCGCUGCAGCCGCUUAUGUUUCAAACAGCCAGAAAAUCCAAAACAAACCAUGUGACCUCUCCACCACACCGUCUGAUUGAGGAGUUGGAUUGAUUUUUUUCCAAGACUGGAAACAUUUUUAAGAUUAAAGUUGCAGCCAUAUUUCAGUAAAAUAUGUACAUUUUAACUGUCAGUUUGUGAGAAUUAGACUAAUUUAAUUUUAGAAUUAAUAUUUAGCUGUUAAAUAGUCUGUGCUGAUGAAGUUGGGCCAGUUUCUUCAUAUAAUCAUUGAUUGUGAACCUUUUUGUGAAAAUAAAAGAAUCUUUGAGCUCAUCUGUUGUUUAAAAUUAAUUUUGGUUGCACUAAUAACUUUACGCUGUCAUACGAGGGAGAGUCAAAAAGUUCUCAGACCAGCAUGUCACUGGGGAUGAAACUUGAAUCUACCAGUUUGACCCAGC